UCAUUCAUGGAUUUCAGAAGUUACCACUUACCAACGCAACAAGCGAAAAGUUAAGCAAGAAGUGAAUUUUAAUUGAAUUGUUUUUGGCUUACAACAAGAUCUUGAGAGUUUUAAAAGAUUAUAUUUGCUUUAUUGUGGCUUUGGAAUAAUUUUUAAGAGCCUAUAAUCCUUACCCUUAUAGGAAAAAUAUAUGAAAAUGUGUACAGUUUACAACAGUCAAUAACAAAUUAACUUGCUUGUUACUUUCGAAAAUGUCCUUCUUGCGUGGAUCCGAGAACUAUGUAUGGUGCACCACCAGCGUCCUGGGCAAGGGCGCUACAGGGGCGGUGUUCCAGGGUGUCAACAAGAACAAUGGAGAGCCGGUAGCAGUGAAGACCUUUAACCAGCUGAGCCACAUGCGUCCGCACGAUGUCCAGAUGCGAGAGUUCGAAGUUUUGAAGAAAGUGAAACACGAAAACAUUGUGAAAUUGCUGGCUAUCGAAGAGGAGCAGGAAGGUCGGGGAAAGGUAAUCGUCAUGGAGCUCUGCACAGGUGGGAGUUUGUUCAAUAUUCUCGACGACCCGGAGAACACUUACGGCCUUCAAGAACAUGAGUUCCUGUUAGUUUUAGAACAUCUCACAGCUGGGAUGAAGCAUUUACGGGAUAACAAUUUGGUUCACAGGGAUUUGAAGCCUGGUAAUAUUAUGAAAUAUAUCAAUGAAGAUGGAACAACUACUUAUAAGUUGACAGAUUUUGGUGCAGCCAGAGAGUUGCAGGAGGAGGAACAGUUUGUGUCUCUUUAUGGCACAGAAGAGUACUUGCACCCGGAUAUGUAUGAGAGAGCAGUGUUGAGAAAGCCUGUAGGCAAGAGCUUUGGUGCCACAGUGGAUCUGUGGUCUAUUGGAGUGACAUUGUACCAUGUAGCUACUGGCCAGCUGCCGUUCAGACCGUAUGGAGGAAGGAGGAACAAGGAGACCAUGUUUUAUAUUACCACUAAGAAGGCUUCUGGAGUCAUAUCAGGCACUCAAACGACAGAAAAUGGUCCUAUAGAGUGGUCUCGGGAGCUGCCCUCUCACUGCCAGCUGAGCCUUGGGCUGCGCAAGCUGGUGACACCACUGCUGGCUGGCUUGCUCGAGGUUGAUCCGCACCGUAUCUGGACCUUCGAGAGGUUCUUCUCUGAGGUCCAAGUCAUCACUUCCACAACACCUGUGCAUAUAUUCCAUGUCAAUAAGGCUGCUAGUAUAAAGGUAUUCCUGAAGCCAGACGAGAAGUACGAGCACCUGCAGACGUACAUCUGUGAGCAGACCAGCGUGGUGGCCGAGUCGCAGAUCUUGUUGUACAAGGAGGCGUUGUUGCUCUCCGAAGUUGAUGAGAACACGCUUGGCAAGAACUACCCGGAGACGACGGCCGAGGAGCCGCUGAUGCUGUUCAACAAGAACAACAACAACGUUAGCAUGCCGCCCGAACCGGACAUUCCCAAGUUUCCCGUUUUUCCCAACAUCGUCUCCGUCGAGAACGACGCAAGUCAGGCUAAGACGGCAUGUAGUGUAGGCCACGUGAUCCGGCGCCGGGUCGAAGCGCUCUGCUUCGCGUCUCGUCUCUGUGGCGCGUGCGUCCGGCGUUGGGGAGCGUUACUUGCCACACGACUAUCAUCCGUAGCGUCUAGGGCAGAAGCGCUGCAUUCCCAUGCUGCGAGGUUACACGAUGCAGCGAGAGCGUUGGAUUUGGCUACCAGCGCCGUCAGGACGUUGCUUCAGGCGAAUUCCACCGCUCCGGCGUCCGGCGCGGCGGAGUCGUGGGGCGCGCCGGCGGCGCUGGUGGCGGGCGAGGCGGCGGCGCUGCGAGCGGCGGCGCGGGCGCUGCGCACGCGGCACGCGGCGGGCGGCGGGCUACGCGCUGAGUGGGACGCGGCCGCGGCUGUGGCGCCGUGCCCCGCGCACCUCCGUCUGCACGUCAAGGCCCGCACGCUGGUGGAGCGGUUACGCGACUCGUGGCAGCACUUAGUCCGAGAUCGCGCGACCCGUUCUCUCACUUACAACGACGAGCAGUUCCACGUGUUAGAAAGGAUAACCGUAGCCGAGACUGGGAGGCGAGCUAGAGCGCUACUUCAUGCCGCUGGACCGUUGGCGAGAGCGAGAGCGGAUGCUAUAGCUGAUUGGUACAAAGUGGCGCAGACAGUGUAUCUGCAGACUCAGAUACUGGACAAGGACGUCUCCCAGACAGAGCUGAAGCUGCUGGCGCUGGCGGCCCGGCUGCAGGACGCGGAGCACAGCGUCAGGAACCAACUCAACGACGCCGUCAAAUCGAUAUCCACCGGGCCGAAGACGGGCGCGCCGGACGAGGACGGACGCAGCAGCAAGCGGGCGACGGGCGCGGUGUCGUGCGGCGGCGCGGGGCUGCGCGCGCUGCUGGCCGCCUCCGACGACGUGGCUGAGAAGGUGGCGGCCACCUCCGCCUUGCUGGCGCGGCUCACGGCCGCCACGCAGCAGCUGCAGCCCUAGCACGACCGUCCCUCAGCUGAUAGAGAUUCGCCGUCCACCAGCUGCAGCAACUCAUCGUCUUCACUAGACUCCGCGACUCACACAGUCAUACACGGAGAAGACAAGGCACCCAGCACUUGUACUCUAGUAUAAAAAAUAUAUUUAGUUAAAUAUCACGGCAGUGUCAAUUUAUAUACAUACAUAGUGUAGAUACCGCAAACGCUAGAAUAUGCUAUUAUUUCGGGAUGACCACUUAAUAAGUCUCUUAAUUGAGAUGACAAUGCAAUUUUGAGGGACUAUUAAAAUGUUGCGAGUUUUCAACACCGAAGUGUUGAAAACUCGCCUAGCGUGGUUUAAAAACACGCCAAGCGUGUUGUACAAAUUACGACAGUUUCGGUCAACCGCGCGCGCAGGUUGGAGCAUGUUUAGUCUUAUGAAUGAAGUGUUUCGACCGCUAUCGUAUUUAUUCUUAAAAUGCCCUUAAGUAGUAUUAUAAAUAUAUUAAUGUUUUGUUUUAGAAAUUAUUUUAGAAACCAUUCCUUCCUCGAAAAAUUAAGUAUGAUUAGAUGCUCUUCACUUCAUGAAAGUUCAUCUAUAUAAUGUAGUGGUCUCACAAAAAUAACUGUUCCUAUAUUUGCAUUACGUGUUUUACGUGCAAUAUCCUAAAACAGUCUUAAUAUAUAAUUUUAUCAAACUAGAUUAAGUUGCAGUUGCCAGUGCGAAGGCUAACCAUUUAGACGAAUUAUAAACGAGCUGUUUGUUAUAAUGUGGCCAAGGUUCUCAUCGUGAAAAACACACAUUUACAAAAUAUUCAAAUAUUUAUUAUCAGACUCCAUUACAACAAAAUACACAGAGAAGAAAGGGACAGACAAAACUUCUUGUGUUUUCUUGUGCUUAAAAAGUUUCCUUUUACAUAUAGUGUAAGCGAGAAGAAAACAUAAGAGGUUUGUUUUAUGUCUACUUAAUACAGAUUAUAUAAGAUUACCGCCACUAUCUCAAAGGUGCUCUCAUAAAUUUAGUGAUCUAUUAGCCAAUAGUAAUUUUAUCGAAUUGUAAAUAAAUAAUGUUAUUACAUGUACUUAUAAGCAAUUUUAUGCACAUAAUACAUUCCUUGUAUGUUUC